AUGACAAAACCACAAGACAAUCCUGGAACUCCACCACCACCCACUCUCUCUAAUUCAUCUACCCCUCAUCCACCCAGUACAUCUCCCAAACCCAGGCUGAGAAGGGUGAAAAUGCUUGCUUGGAAAACAGUAGCGUCUGGGGCUCUCAAAAAGAAAUUAAAUGAGAAAUUAAAUGAGAAAUUAAAGGCAAGCCAAGUCCAAGACUCUGACUCCAACUCUGAUUUUGAGUCAUACAUAUCCGCUAGUGAGGGGGAAGGACUUGGGUCUUCUGACUCUGAAAAGACUCAAAAAUCCCCUUUUAAGGUAAGUUCUUCUUUGUCUGAAAAUCUAGAAAUUAGGUUUGUUCUGGUUGGGCCUAUUAAGGAUGUAGAAUUACCUAAGUUACGAAGGAGUGGAGAAAAUGUAGAAGAGAGUGGAAAGAAGUCAGGGGAAAGUGGUUUUGGUGAAGCUGCUGAAGGGUUAGUUCAUCUAAGCACACAAGGAGAUGAACUUGGUUCAUCUACUGAAGAGACCCUAGCUGACCUGUUGAAAACGGUUGGGGCAAGUUAUGAUCCAAAAAAACGAAGAACUCCUACACCAAAAACCCCCAGUUCUCCAAAACCCUCCAACAAAAGAAAGGCUUCAUCCCCAACAACUACUGAAAUUUCAUUGCCAAAGGGAAGAGCUACAAGAAGCAGGGCAAAGCAGAAUGACAGUGAUAUUCAAAAGGCUCUAGCUGAGAGUAAGAAGAAAAAGCCCGCUAAAGGAAAAGGGAAGGUUGCAGAGUCCUCAGAGGUUGUGGAGGUGGAGGAGAUGGAAUAG